AUGGAAAAUUCCAACACAAGCAGCCUGAAAAACCCGUUUGAAGAUGAAGAUGGGAUAGAUAAAACUGCAAAUGAAGGCAAACCCAUGUAUGAAAACAGCACAAGCAACGGCACAGUUGAAGAGAAUGGUAAAAAUGCGAAUUCUGGAUCUAUAAGACAGUACAAUCGAUCGAAAACACCUCGCCUUCGAUGGACACCAGAGCUCCACCUUUACUUUGUUCAUGCAGUCGAGAGACUAGGAGGACAAGAAAGAGCAACUCCAAAGUUGGUUCUUCAAUUGAUGAACAUGAAAGGCCUUAGCAUUGCUCAUGUCAAGAGCCAUCUUCAGAUGUAUAGAAGCAAGAAGAUAGAUGACCCUAAUCAAGUUAUUUCGGAGCAGCGGCUUCUUCUUGAUGGUGGAGAUCAUCAUAUUUAUAACCUUAGUCAGCUUCCUAUGCUACAAACUUAUAGUCAGACACCUAUUUCAAGUUUUCGCUAUGGAGAUGCCGUUUUGAGUCACCGUACCAAUUCUGUUUAUAGUCCUACUCACAACGGAUCAAGUAGUAUAACAGGAAAUGGAUUGUACGGAUCAGUUUCUGAGAGGAUUUGUAGGAGCAAGGGAUAUAUACAGGGUUCUGAUUUUCACAUGAAUAAGCAAGUGCCCUGGCGGGGAACCCUUGAAAAUAAUCAGAAAGAGCAAGAAAGAGCACUCCCAAAUAAUUUUUUUUGGCAAACUCAAGUUGGGAUAAGCUUAACAAACCCAAAUCUCAGUAGCAAAUUACAAGAUAGAGGGCAUGAAGGCACAAAUCAUUUUCAAACCUCUUUCCCUCGAAGCGAAAAGACUCCAGUGGUGGAUCAAGAAGGUACAAGCCCAUUGAAAAGGAAGUUUUCAGAGGUGAAUCUUGAUCUAAAUUUAUCACUAAAAUCGACAUGCGAAGUCGAGGGGAGUAAUCAUUCAAGUUCCAAGAAUGAUGCAGUUGAUAGUAGCUUAUCUCUGUCCUUGUUUUCUUCAUCCUCAAAGGAAAAUCACAGAAAGCAUGAAAGAAUGGCGACUAGUACUUUAGAUCUGACUUUAUGA